AUGUUGGCUCUCACCUUGACCGCCGAACUAGAGGGCGUGACGGAUCUGAAGCCCAACGACACCCAAGAGAACCCUUUCUACUACACUUUCAAGGUCCAAUGCACCUCGUGCCGCGAGAUUCAUCCUAACUGGGUGAGCGUGAGUCGCUUUGAACAAAACGAACAAAGCGGUAGCAGAGGCGAGGCCAACUUCGUUUGGAAGUGCAAGAACUGCAAGAGAGAACAUUCUGCCAACAUUACCGAAGCCCCGAAGUCCUACCCUCAGCAGUCGCCGCCGAAGAGCCAGAAGAUCAUCACGUUCGACUGCCGCGGCCUGGAGUUUGUCGAGUUCAAGCCUGAUGGCGAAUGGUCCGCUACAGGUCUCGAAUCCGGCAGCAAGUUCGAUCAGAUCGACUUGACUGAGGGCGACUGGUUCGACUACGACGAGAAGGCGGGCGAAGAGGUCAGCAUCAAGGAUCUGAAGUGGGACAUAGUUCGUGCCUAG